AUGUUCAUGUUAGCUGAACUCGAUUGGGAGCCCUUCGCUCUUAAUCACACCAUUGCUGACCACGUCAAUGCCCCUCUCCAGUUGAUCUCCCCAUCGGCCCCGGAAUUUGCUUUAGUUACGUCGUCUGCCAGGGACCAACACGACAUGGCUUGGUGCUCUAUUGGCCAGCGCAUUCAAACGGCCGAAGAAGAACGUCGUGAUUACGCUCUUGAGGUUGCAGCAAUUGAAGCCGACCGUCAUGACACUGCCCGUCGUGAAUCGGGCCGCUACGACUCUGACCAUCAUGACUCCGACCGCCGUCCUGAAGGCACUCCUCCGCUUCGCGCGGAUGAUCUCUUGACCCAGUUCGGCAAGCUCACGGAAACGUUGACCAAGUCCGUCUCCCGUCCAUCCAAGAAAGAUGAAGAACACGAAGAAUUGGACUGA